AUGGGAGUGCUGACUGCAGCCGCGGCGGCUGCCAAGUCCGCCUUGACCAUCGCGGGAAUCAGCAAGCUGACCUUCAUACCGGCGAUGCUGGCGGCUAUGGCGUACUUUAACUACGACCUGCUCGAUCCGGAGAACAGGCCCUUCAACCAGAAGUACCUACGGGAGGAAUACGACUUCGUGGUUGUGGGAGGGGGAUCGGCCGGCUCGGUGCUGGCGAACAGAUUGUCUGAGAUUGAAGGCUGGAACGUUCUCCUACUCGAGGCCGGAGGUCACGAGACGGACAUAAGUGACGUGCCGCUGCUGUCUCUGUACCUUCACAAGAGCAAACUCGACUGGAAGUACCGCACCCAGCCUCAGGACUCCGCUUGCCAGGCCAUGAAGGACAAACGUUGCAGUUGGACUAAGGGCAAGGUUCUCGGCGGUUCGUCGGUGCUCAACACGAUGCUCUAUAUACGGGGCAAUAAGCGCGAUUUCGACCAGUGGGAGUCCUUCGGCAACCCUGGAUGGGGUUAUGAAGACGUCCUGCCGUAUUUCAAGAAAUCGGAGGAUCAACGGAACCCCUACUUGGCCAAGGACACCAGGCAUCAUGGCGUUGGGGGCUACUUGACAGUACAAGACGCGCCUUAUAACACGCCAAUAGGUGCUGCCUUCCUGCAAGCGGGAGAGGAGAUGGGAUAUGACAUAAUCGACGUGAACGGCGCCCAGCAGACCGGCUACGCCUGGUACCAGUUCACCAUGAGAAGGGGAACCAGGUGCUCCACAGCGAAGGCCUUCCUCAGACCGGUGCGCUUGAGGCAGAAUCUCCACAUUUCCCUAUUCUCGCACGUCACCAAAGUUCUCAUAGACAAAGAAGACAAAAGGGCGUACGGGGUGCAAUUCAUAAAGGACCAGCAGAAGCAAAUCGUGUACGCUAAACGCGAGGUCAUUUUAGCUGCCGGUGCGAUCGCCUCACCACAGAUACUUAUGCUGUCCGGUGUCGGACCAGCGCAACACUUGACAGAAGUCGGCAUAGACGUGAUGUACGAUUCGCCCGGCGUGGGCAGAAACCUCCAGGAUCACAUCGCAGUCGGCGGUUUGGUGUUCCAGAUCGAUUACCCGAUCAGUUUGAUCAUGAACCGGCUAGUCAACAUCAAUUCGGCGCUGCGCUACGCGAUAUCCGAGGACGGGCCGUUGACGUCGAGCAUCGGUUUGGAGGUGGUCGCCUUCAUAAACACGAAGUAUGCGAACUCUUCGGACGACUGGCCUGACAUGGAGUUCAUGAUGACGUCAGCCUCCAUACCCUCCGACGGCGGCACACAAGUGAAGAAGGCGCACGGCAUCACCGACGAGUUCUACGACGAAGUGUUCGGCCAUAUCACCAACAAAGAUGUGUUCGGCAUUUUCCCCAUGAUGCUGCGGCCAAAAAGCAGAGGCUUCAUAAAGCUGCGCUCAAAGAAUCCGCUGGAUUACCCAAUUAUGUACCACAACUAUCUAACGCACCCGGACGACGUGGGGGUACUUCGGGAGGGGGUGAAGGCAGCGGUUGCAGUGGGGGAGACAAAGGCGAUGAAACGCUUGGGCGCAAGAUUCAACAGCAAGCCGGUGCCGAACUGCAAACACCUGCCGCUGUACACGGACGAGUACUGGGACUGCAUGAUAAGGCAGUACACCAUGACGAUAUAUCACCUGUCUUGCACGGCGAAGAUGGGCCCAGCGAGCGACCCGAUGGCCGUGGUCGACCCCCAAUUGCAAGUGUACGGCAUCAAGGGCUUAAGAGUCAUAGACGCCAGCAUAAUGCCAACAAUCACUAACGGGAAUAUCAACGCGCCCGUGAUAAUGAUCGCCGAGAAGGGAAGCGACCUGAUCAAGGAGACGUGGAUACCAAAGCGGAAAAAGAGGAGCAGCAGGUCCAAUGCUUGCUCUCGGUUAGAAGAGGUGCUACUCAAUAGGAACAGUUCCUGCAGUACAAAGAGA